UAACAGACCGUUUGUUAUUUUCGUGAUUUUUCUAAAAUAAACGAAAAUGGGUAAGCGCCAGCACCAAAAGGAUAAAAUGUACUUAACGUACACCGAAUGGAGUACGUUGUAUGGUGGUAAAAAGGCUGGGCACACUUCUAAGGAGGAAGAAAACUUCAGAAGAUUGCCUUUUGAUCACUGCUGUUUAUCGUUGCAGCCAUACGAGAUCCCUUACUGCGAUUUGGAGGGAAACAUUUUCGAUUUGGAGCCUUUGCUGCCGUUUUUAAAGAAAUUUAAAGUUAACCCUGUCACUGGCAAGCCAGCCGAUAUAAAAUCCUUCAUAAAACUCACUUUUCGUAAGAACAGUGAGGAUGAAGUUGAAUGCCCAGUUUUGUUUAAACCAUUUACGAAAAGCUCUCAUGUUGCUACUAUUGCAACCACAGGAAAUGUGUACCUUAUUGAAGCUAUAGAGCAGUUGAACAUAAAAAACCGUAACUGGAAGGAUUUAAUUUUGGAUACCCCAUUCGAGAGGAAAGAUAUUAUAGUGCUGCAAGACCCGAAUGAUUUAUCGAAAUUUAAUAUAUCCAAGUUUCACCACAUCAAAAAAAACUUGAGGGUGGAAACUGAGGAGGAAAUUGCUGAUAAAUCCGACCCCCAGGCGAGGCUAAGAAAAGUGAAUCCAGAGACAAAAUACACUUUGGAAGAGUUGAACAGGGAUUACAAAGUCCCCACCAUCGAAAUAAACCCAAGGGAAAGCACAGAGAAGGCAGAUAAAUUCAAUGCAGCCCAUUAUUCCACAGGCAGAGUGGCUGCUAGUUUUACAUCAACCACUAUGGGUGUUAAUUUGGUGCACGAGGCUGCUAUAGUGCAUGAGGAUGAGGUUAGGUAUGAGAGAGUCAAGAAAAAAGGUUAUGUUCGAGUUUUGACCAACUUUGGGCCCUUAAAUUUGGAGCUGCUUUGUGAUGUGGUACCAAAAACGUGUGAGAAUUUCAUGAAGCAUUGUCUUAGUGGUUAUUAUAAUGGAACCAAGUUUCAUAGGUCCAUUAGGAACUUUAUGAUACAAGGGGGUGAUCCGACUGGGACUGGAAAUGGGGGUAAAUCAAUUUGGGGUAAAAAGUUUGAGGAUGAAUUCAGGCCAAAUCUGUCCCAUACGGGAAGGGGUGUUUUGUCUAUGGCCAAUUCCGGUAAAAACACUAAUGGCUCUCAAUUUUUUAUAACAUACAGAUCAUGCAAACAACUGGACAAUAAACACACAAUUUUCGGUAAAGUGGUUGGAGGUAUGGAGACUCUAACGGAAAUGGAACGAAUUGAAGUGGAUAAUAAAGAUAAACCUAUAGAAGACAUUAUUUUUAUAAGGGCCCAGAUUUUUGUGAACCCCUAUGAGGAAGCAGAUGAACUUUUGGCAAAACAAAGGGAAGAAGAAGUUAACAAGCAAAAGCUUGAGGAAGAAGCAAAAACAAGAAAAAUAAAUUCACAAAAAGAACUUAAAGUUUUUAGAACUGGUGUUGGAAAAUAUAUUAACCCAACUGUCACAAAAAAAGUUGAACCUGAUUCUGAAGAACCUGCAAAUAAAAAGAAAAAAGGAUGCUAUUCAUUUAAUUUUAAUAAUUGGUAGAGGUAUUUUAAUAAAGC